AUGCCUCCCACACUCUCAUGGCGGCAAGCCGCCGUGGCAGCCCUGCUGUUCAACGCAGCGGUGACUGCUAACUACGACGCUCGAAACGCUGAAGCCUCGAAAGAUACAAAGCGGGCUUUGGAUACUGGCUCAGUCAAGCAUGGACGAUUUGAUGUGCGGAACUUGGUUCAAAAGCUGGAUGUUGGCAGUGUCCUGUCUGCCUUGGGCACGAACAAGGCACAGGAUGCGUCCCCGAAUCUGACUCCCCUCGCCGCCGAGGGUGCCGCUGCCCCCGUGCCGGCACCUCCUGCCAAUGGAGCACCUCCAGCGCCGCCUGCAAAUGGAGCGCCGCCUCCUCCCCCGGCUAACGGAGCACCACCGCCGCCUCCCCCGGCGAAUGGAGCACCUCCCCCUCCUCCUGCGAAUGGAGCACCUCCUCCUCCUCCUCCUGCGAAUGGAGCACCCCCUCCUCCUCCUCCUAAUGGAGCAGCGCCGCCGCCACCGCCGCCAAACGGAGCGCCCCCUCCUCCUCCCGACCCGAACGCUGCUCCCCCGCCGCCUCCCGAUCCGAAUGCUGCUCCUCCUCCCCCGCCUCCAGAUGCUCCACCCCCGGAUCCGAACGCUCCUCCUCCGCCACCACCUGAUGGAGCGCCGGCACCUCCGGACCCGAACGCUGCUCCGCCACCACCUCCUGACGCCGAGGCACCUCCUCCGCCUCCAGAUGGAGGACCGCCCCCUUCUCCGGAAGGUGAGGCUCCUCCGCCGCCUCCAGCCGACGGACCUCCUCCUCCUCCCCCGGAAGGUGAAGCCCCUCCGCCGCCUCCAGCUGACGGACCUCCUCCUCCGCCUCCGGAUGGAGGGCCGCCGCCGCCCCCUGAUGGUGGACCUCCUCCUCCGCCCCCUGGGGCGGCACCAGUUGCCGGCGCUGCUCCUCAACCUCUAGCUGUUCCGGCUGUUGGCGCUCCACCGGCUCCCCCUGGACUCGCUGCCAACGCUACCGCCCCGCCUGCUAAGGAUGGAAAGAAGGGGAAGAAAGGAAAGAAGGGCAAGGACGAUGCCGCAAAAAAGGCAAGGGACGAUGCCAAGAAGAAAGCAGAUGAGGCUAAGAAGAAGGCAGAGGGUCUGCAACCAGGAGCUGCUGGCCCCGGCGCUGCCGCAGCGAAUGGUACGGCACCUGUCGGCCCAGAUGGCAAGAAGGCGAAGAAGGGCAAGAAGGAUAAGAAGGGGAAGAAGGGCAAGGCUCUCGAACCCGGUGCCGCUGCCGGCAACGGUACCGCUCUUGUUGGACCUGACGGCAAGGCUUUGAAAGGAAAGGGCAAGGACGAUGCUGGCAAGAAGGCCCGAGAUGAUGCGAAGAAGAAGGCUGAUGAUGCCAAGAAGAAGGCGGACGCGGCAAGGGGUGCCGCUGGACCUGGUGCUGCGGCCGGAAACGGUACCGCGGCGGCAGCCCCUCCUCCUCCUCCUCCUGAUGGGGCAGAGGCUUUGGAUCCUGAGGCGAAGAAGAAGGCUAAAGAGAAUGGUGCUGAGGGCGCCGCUGGUCCAGCCGAGGAGGCUGCUCUCGGUCCGGAAGGAAAGGGCAAAGAUGACGAUCCCGAGGCGAAGAAGGCCAAGGAGGCUGCCGGAGCAGGAGCAGCGGCUGCAGGACUGGAAGCACGCAAGGUUGGAAGUCUAGGCCGACGCUUCGGUGACUCCGAUCAGAGUGACCGACGACGCCGGGUGCGAUUCAUCAAGCGACGGAACCUCAUGGCCAACUGGGGCUGGUAA